AUGGGCAUGGGAAACUGGUACGAGGACAGGCUGCACGACGACCCUGUGGGGCGCUCGAAGCGGGCGCCGUUGCCCUCGGUCCCCUACACCCGGGCCCACCCCAAGCCACCGCCGCCGACACUCUCGCUGCCCGACGGGGGCUUCCGGGAGUACACCUCGACGUCAGCUUCUACAUACACAGCAGAUGUCCAUGUCAAUGUCACCCGGGGCCCAGUGAGGGUUGCUACCGGUCGUCCAUUCGUCGAGGCCGACGCCGUCCUCCGCCAUCUCGAGCUUCGCCGCGCCGCAGAGGCUGCCGAGGUCACCGCGCCGCUCGGCGAUCUGCCGUCGGCGCCGGUCGAUGCCACUGCGGCCGAAGCCAAUGAGGACCGCUGGAUUUCUUCCUCGCACGCAGCCCAUGGCGGUGCUGCGGGGCUUGCCGCCUCGCACGUCGCCUUCCGCCCAGCGCUGCGCGUCCGCGAUCCCUACGCCACCCGCAACCCACUGGCGACCGACGACGCCGUUGCGGGAACGGUCAUCGUCGAGGGCGGCGAGCGGAUUCGCGGCAAGAAGCAUGUGUUCGAUGGCAACCCAGCCGCGCCUGAGCCUGUCGGCAUGCGCUCGGUCGUCGUUCGUGACGCCCGCGUUGCUUGCGGCACCGUCCCGUACCCAAAGCCCACUGCCGCCAUCAUGGAACGGCUUCCCGAGGAGCAGUACCACAAGGACAAGAUUAGCACGUGGAUGGACUAUGAGGGCAAUGUCUAACGCUGCCGGGAUGCGAUAAACGAGCCG